GCAGGGAGAUCUGUGCAGGUCUGUAGUUCAGUAGGUCGUGGUCGUGGUCUCGCUAGCCGUGGCCGCACGUCUGUAUACACGAUCUUUCACAAAGUAGCCACAAGUUGCAGUUGUUUUUGUGCUAGUUUUGUGUGCAGUAACCACGCUAAUCUGGCCCUAAGUUGAGUUCGCAGCCUUUGUGGCGAAGUGUCAGUUCAACCGCGGAGUGACCGCGUCCUGUCACACAGCUGAUUCGAAGGACGCACAUUCGAGAAAAACGCAGAAAGCCGCGACUGUGCUGGCGCUGGUGCUUUGCACCUUUUAGCGCUUUGUCGCGCGGAACCGUGCCAGCUCGAAUGGCCGCAUAAACACGACAGCACCGAAAUGCUGGAGGAAGACUUGAAAUCGCCGCGCUGCGCCGUGUGCGGCCUGCAACGCGCAGCGAACGCCUUGCUCCUCCCGCUGCCCGACCGCACCGUCGACGCGGAGCUGCACCGUGCCUGGGUCGACUUCGUGCGAGGGUGCCCCGACAACGACCACUGGGAGCCCGACAGCCACACCGGCUUCGUGUGCACGCUGCACUUCACCUCCAACUGGCUCAGACGCAACGGUGGCAGGUUACUGGGUGCCAGGACCGGCGCGGUGCCCACGCUGUACCCGAGUCGGGAGCAACUCCGCCGCAUCGCCGAAGCCAACAGCGUCGCCGCUGCAGCCGCGCAGGGUUCGUGGAAUAAGUACGCAACCUGCCGGCUUAGGCAGAAAGAAGUGGAGUCUUUAUGUCCAGGUGUAGUCGCCACGCAAUGCAACGUCAAAGUAGCCAUCAAGUCUACAUGCUGCAGCAUCAAAGUCAUCUCCAAGAUGUUGCAGUGCACCGUCGAGAUGGUGUCUCAAGGCACGCAAGUCUCUGGACUGGACAACGACAUAGAUAGUGCCGAGCAGCAGACGCAGUAUUGUGCAAAAAGAAAAGGUGGCGCUGCCUUCUAUGGUGGACUGUGCACGAGUGUGAAAGUGGCAUGCUCCGAGGAUGUGGUGGUGAAGAGGGAGCCCGUGUGGACGACCACAGAGGCUGCAGAGAUAGACUCGGAUGUCCAGGAUGACGUAGAAGAGUACCUGGUGGAAAAAACCUCUCCACUCACAGACCGCACAGCAUCGAGGCCUUCCAGCUUUCAAGCUUCAACGACAGACAGUGAGAAGUCACAUCAGGGAUGCCGCCACCACUGUAACUUCUGUGACUAUAAGACUGAUAGAGCAUCUCAUCUGAAAUCACACACCAUGGUUCACACAGGCGAGCGGCCAUUUGAAUGCCAUUUGUGCCAUCAAUGCUUCUUGUCAAAGUCCACAUUGAAUGAUCACCUGCGCACUCACACAGGCGAGAGGCCAUUUCAUUGCCCUUUAUGCCCUCAGAGCUUCACACAUAGGAGUAGUCUCAAGGCACAUCUGUGCACGCACACAGGGAAGAGGCCAUUUCAGUGCUCUUCAUGCCCUCAGAGCUUCACACGCAUGAGUAAUCUCAAGAGACACGUGCGCACUCACACAGGCGAGAGGCCAUUUCAGUGCCCUUCGUGCGCUCGGAGCUUCUCGCAUAAGUCCACUUUCAAUGUUCACCUGCGCGUGCACACUGGCGAGAGGCCAUAUCAGUGCCAAUUAUGUCACGAGACCUUUAUACAUAGAAACCAGCUCAUCAGGCACCAGUGCCACCACAAGUGAAAGUGAUAGUCACCAGUGCCGCCACAAGUGAAAGAUAUACAGGCACCAGUGCCACCACAAGUGAAAGUGAUAGUUUCUUUUUUACUUGACUGACUUUAUUUGAGUGAAUUGCAUUAACUGAAUUCUGGAGUUUUAUAUGCCAAAACCAUGAUUUGAUCAUUAGGCACGCCAUAGGGAGGGACUCUGGUUAAAUUUUGACCACCAGGGGAUCCUUAAUGUGCCCCCAAAGCACGGAACACCGGCGUUGUUGCAGCUUGCCCCCAUCGAAAUGCGGCCACCGCAGCCGGGAUUUAUCCCACGACCUCCUGCUUAGCAGCGCAACACCACAGCCGCUGAGCCACCGCUGCGGGUGACUUUAUUCAAGUGCGUGAUUACACUUGGGAAGAGAGGACAAAAGGCAGUAACGCCUGAUGGGGCCCACCCACCUGGGACAACAGUUUUCACACAAGCUGUGGCAAACAAAACAGAAGUGAUGAUGCGUUACAAAUAAACAGAGUAUUAUAAUAAACAAACAUACAGAAGGAAAGACACAAAACUACAAGCACAUGCACAAUUUGAAUACUUAUACAAAUAUGAAAAAAAAAAUACAGCAUGCAUCAUUGUAUAAAAACAAAGAGCAAUAUACCCAAGAGCUUACACAACAAUGACGUUUUUCUGAGUAUUUAUUGAGAUAAAAGCUACGAAAGUAGUAAUUGACUUAUUUCCCACUUUAUUAAUUUUCCAGAUUUAUGGUUCGUCGUUAUUUCUCAUAUAUUUUUGAUGUUCAAGAACCUCGUGAUCUGGUAAUCCAGCAUUUGUUACCCAUAGUUUGUCCUGUUAUUCCUGUAACUUAUGUGUCGAAGUGUGUAUGGUAGUAAUUGUUGACGGUAUCAUAAUGCGAGUGAAAAGGCAUAGUCAUUGUUUGUUUUUAUACCGCGAUGUACAUGUACAAGAAUUAGGCAAUAAUGCAUUAUUACGCAAUGAUGCAUGCUGUUCUUUUUUCAUCUUUGUAUUCAAAUUCAAAUUGUACGUGUGCUUGUAGUUUUGUGUCUUUCCUUCUGUAUGUUUUAAAUACUCUGUUUAUUUGUACCACAUCAUCACUUCCGGUUUGUUUGCCACAGCUUGUGUGAAAACUGUUGUCCCAGGUCGGGGGACCUCAUCAGGUGUUACUGCCUUUUGUCCUCUCUUCCUAAGUGGAGUCAGGCACUUGAAUAAUCUCACCUGGCGCGGUGGCUUAGUGGCUAAUGCUGUUGUGCUGCUAAGCACAAGGUCGCAGGAUCAAAUCCUGGCCGGGGCAGCCACAUUGCGAUGGGGGCGAGAAAAAAGAAAACCCCAGAAUUCAGUUUCUUAUGUACAUAUGUACUAAACUGCUGCAAAAUAGAUUGCCCUAUCAGUGUGCAUGCAUAGCUUCGUGCUAUGCUGGUAAUAGCGCAUGUUAACGCUUGCACUGAGUUGUACUUGAUUGCACUUGUUUCUGUGGUUCUGACGGCCAAAAUAAAUUAUUCUUGUUCUGGCAGCCUAUGUUUGGUAUGUCUUGGAUGCUGCACUCAGCCUCCCGGCACUGUGUAGCAAUGUUGACGAGAAAUGUAGCCACACAUUGAAGAGCAAGGGCUUCGCUGCUUGUGUGUCGUACAAAGUACCAUUAUUUU